AUGGCGACGCGGCAGCCGUAUCAGAAAAAGUUCCAGUCCCGGGACCAGCGGGAACAGACGUCGUCGCAGCAGGCGCCGAACAGUGUUGUCAAGCAGGUGACCGUCGAUGCUUUGGUGGUGAUGAAGAUUAUCAAGCAUGCCCGCGAAAAUCCCCAUGAGCCUGUGCGCGGCCCCCUUCUUGGCCUGAGCCAGUUGGCGGAUGCCUCCAAGCCCGGCGAGGAUGCGCUGUUGGAGGUGACCAAUUGUUUCCCCACUCCCCGCGUCUCGGACGAUGAUGAUGACAGCAUCGUGCAACAGUACCAGGUGCAGAUGAUGCGAUGGCUUCGUGAGGUCAAUGUUGACCACAUGAACGUCGGCUGGUACCAGGCUGCCGACAUGGGAACCUUUUUCGACGAGGACGUGGCGGCCGUGCAGUUUCAGCACCAGCGCCACAUGGCCGAGUCGGUUGUGUUGAUUUACGACCCCGUCUUGACACUCCAGGGCACGCUGUCCCUCUCUGCCUUCCGCCUCAGCAACAAGGCUAUGGAACUGUUUAGCACCGACUCCUUCAACCCCAAGGCCGUCCGGGAAGCUGGCCUGACUUAUCGCACCGUUUUCGAGAAGGUGCCCGUGACCAUUCGUGCCUCUUCGAUGGCCCGUCUGCUGAUCCCGGAGCUCAGUGCCAACCUCGACCAAUCGGAAAUCUUUGACCGCAUGGACCUCAACGCCACCUCCUUCAUGUCUCGCAACAUCAAGCUCCUCAUGGAGGGCAUUGAUGACCUUUCCCAGGAAGCCUACAAGUUCCAGCAGUAUCACCGCAAUGCCACCAAGGCGAAGGCCAGCCUCGAUGCGCAACUCGAGGCACGCCGUGCCGAAAACGAACAGCUUCGGGCCAAGGGCCUGCCCGAAAAGUCCGAGGCGGAGCUUGUGGCCAAUCACAAGACCCCCACUCCCCCUUCGCGUCUUGGCUCUUUGCUUGUCACGGCACAAAUCAACACGUUCUGCAAACAGGUGUCCGACUUUAGCGGACAAAGCUUUGGCAAGCUGUACAUUGCCAAGGCCACUCAGCCCGAGGCGGAGGAAUAA